AUGUUGGCCUCGACCGUUCGUACCGCUCUGCGCACCAGCGCGCCCCGCGUCGCCGCCCUCCCCUCGACGCGAUCUCUCUCAACCUCUCUCCCGCGCUUGUCCUCGGCGGCUGCGGCAAAGGAAUACCAGAACAUUCUCGUCUCUUCCCCCGCCAAGGGUGUCACGUUGAUCACGCUUAACCGACCCAAAGCGCUCAACGCACUCAACUCGGCGUUGUUCCACGAGCUCAACGAGGCCACCGAGAUCGCCGACAAUGACCCCGAGGUCGGGGCCAUCGUGCUCACUGGCUCUGAGAAGGCUUUUGCCGCGGGUGCCGAUAUCAAGGAGAUGAAAGACAAGCAGUAUGCCGAUGCGUACAAGACCAACUUCUUGGGUCACUGGACCAAGCUCACCACAGUGCGCAAACCCAUCGUUGCUGCUGUUAGCGGGUUUGCUUUGGGUGGGGGUUGUGAGUUGGCUAUGAUGUGCGAUAUCAUCCUUGCUUCGCCUACCGCCAACUUUGGCCAACCUGAAAUCAAUCUCGGCGUCAUUCCCGGUGCCGGUGGUACCCAGCGUCUCACCAAGGCCGUCGGCAAGUCGACUGCCAUGGAGAUGGUGCUCACGGGCCGCAACUUUAGUGCCGACGAUGCUGAGCGUCGCGGCCUCAUCUCACGUGUCGUUCGCGAGGGCAGCGUCGUCGAUGAAGCCGUCAAAGUGGCCUCCACGAUCGCCAAGAAGGGUCAGAUCGCCGUUCAGGCCGCCAAGGAGGGUGUCAACGCUUCCUUCGAACUCAGCUUGCAGGAAGGAACACGCUUUGAACGCCGACUCUUCCAGAGCCUGUUCGCUACCAAGGAUCAGAAGGAAGGAAUGGGCGCCUUUGCUGAGAAGAGGAAAGCCAACUUUACGCACGAGUAA